CACCAAAGCCUACCGACGACGAACGCGCUCGUUCAGUUGGCCGUUGACGCGCGUGCAAGGUAAAGCUGUUCGUACUACACCAGCUGCCAUUGACUACGGCAUUUCGAUUUGUUUUUUAUCCAGUUUGAUAAGGAUAUUUAAAAAAAAAAACAUCCGGAAGGAAACGAAGCUUCCUUUUACCAGCGGAAGUACUACAGGUGUUCAAGCCAACUGAGUAAAAGAUUUCUCCAGUGUGCGUGGUGAAAGAAAAUGGUUCAAAGUGGGAGGAAAAUGAAGCCGCCACAUUUUGUGUUUGUGCAAUCACAGUAGUCCUGUCGCCGUCGUGUAUUGUAUAGGAAUCAAAAAAAAAAAGGAAAACGAAACAUGGUUGCCUAGGAUUUCAUCCCCGUUUUCAAUUCCAGCAAAUGCAACGUGAGCUUCGGAGAAGGUGGUUGAAAAACGGAGUUUGUGGAUACAACGUUCUUCAGUGAAAUGUCCCGAGUGGAUAAGUGACUUGAGCAAACCCCGUGUAGGAAAUCAACAAGUGGAAAUCAACCGGCAUUAUUUGGGAGACUUGCCGGAGACGGAAAUUUUGUGCCGUGUCGUACGUGUGUGUUUGUGUGUGACUUCCAAGAAGAUAGCGAUCGUGCGCUGAUAGUGUAUUAGUGAGAUGAUGGUGAAAUACGAGCUUAGCCAGUACUGUAGUGGGUGACGUAAGCUGUAAACGCAGUGUUUUGUUGCGUUUUUAGAAUAGGUGGCGCUAAUUUGCGAGCAGUUCCCAUCUGGUUCACGUUCCCGGGGGCUACUAGAUUGGUGUUUGCUGGGAAAAUAAAUUUCCUACCAAUUCUUGUGGUAUGUGUACAAAAGUGUUGUUUUUUAUGUUGUAUGGUUAGUGUAAGCAGAGUUGUCAGUGAUUUACCGUAGAAGGAAACAGUGAAACAACGUUCUAUUGGAUUUCUAUCGCAGGACCAAAGGACAUUACCCAAACCGAAGAAAGUCGCUCUGCAGUCCCAGCCAAUCUAAAGCAUGGCCCAUCGAUCUGAUGAUAUUUGGUGUCAACGAUUGGAGCAUACACUUCCGUGCUAUUUGUUUGCGAACGUAACCUAAUCGAAAGGAACAACAGACAAAACAAUCCUUUGGUCACACACGAACCACACAAACAGUCAAACGCAAAACGUUCCGUGCAGUUGUUGGAAGUAGCAGUAGAGAUCCUUAAUGUGAAGCGCUAUUACCCUGCUAAGGAUACGUGUAUUGUUUUAUUUUUUAGGAGCUUAAGAAAAUCAAUUUCGGAUCCCAUUCCAACCGCGACAUUACGAUCAGUGGUGAUCGCUUAGUGUAAGGGAGCAUUUUAGACUACUUUUUCUUCUGUACGCGCGGGUUUACGGGUCGGCAAAAAGAUUGAGGAACUAAAGCACAACCCCUCUCGGGGGACCCUGUUCGACGAGGUGGAGGGGUACGGCGGGUCGAUCGAUCUCGAUCACCAUCAUCAUCACCAUCACCAUCAUCACCACCAUCACACGGAUUCGUACUCGGCGAUGGACGAAGACCCUGACGACAAGGAUGACACGAAACGAAAAUCACGCAAUCUCAGUGAGAAGAAGCGACGUGAUCAGUUUAAUCUGCUGGUCAACGAGCUCAGCUCGAUGGUAUCAUCCAACAGCAGAAAGAUGGACAAGUCCACCGUCCUGAAGUCGACGAUCGCGUUCCUCAAGAGCCACAAUGAGAUUGCGGUCCGUUCGCGGGUGCACGAGAUACAGACGGACUGGAAACCAUCGUUCCUAUCGAAUGAGGAGUUCACCCACCUUAUUCUGGAAGCGCUUGAUGGGUUUAUCAUUGUGUUCUCCUCGACGGGGAGAGUAUUUUAUGCAUCUGAAAGUAUUACCUCGCUGUUAGGGCAUUUACCGAGUGACCUCCUGAAUAUGACGGUGUAUGAUAUGGUGUACGAAGACGAUCAGAACGAUCUGUACAAUAUAUUGCUAAACCCAACAACUGUAGUAGACCCGCUGCAGACAGGCAUUAGUCGUGAGAAUCAGGUGACGUUUUCUUGCUACAUUAAACGAGGAACGGUAGAUUACCGGGCAGAUGUGUCGUACGAGCAUGUGCAGUUCACGGGGUAUUUCCGGAGUGACGUCGACACGGAAUCGCUUAUGACGACAUCCCGGUUUAGUGGGUACACGAGCGAUGCCGACUCGCGGCUUGUGUUUGUCGGUACGGGACGGCUACAGACGCCCCAGCUCAUACGUGAAAUGUCGAUCGUGGAUAACACGAAGAGUGAGUUUACGUCCCGCCACAGUCUCGAGUGGAAGUUUCUGUUUCUCGAUCACCGUGCGCCACCCAUCAUCGGUUACCUCCCGUUUGAAGUGCUGGGAACUUCCGGGUAUGACUAUUAUCAUUUUGACGAUCUGGAAAAGGUGGUGGCUUGUCAUGAAGCAUUGAUGCAGAAAGGCGAAGGUACUUCGUGCUACUAUCGGUUUCUUACCAAGGGUCAACAGUGGAUCUGGUUGCAGACGCGAUUCUACAUCACCUACCAUCAGUGGAACUCGAAGCCAGAGUUUGUCGUGUGCACGCACCGUGUGGUGAGCUACGCUGAUGUGAUGAAGCAGAUGCGCAAUCAAACGGCAGGUGACAGCAAGUUCUCUGAGGAUGCGGACAGUAUCAGUGUGCACGGUGUGGAGCGAAAGUUUCAACAAUCGUCGUCCCAAAGUUUGCUAGCUACUUCGCCGUGGAGUUCGAAGAGCUCCCGUACGUCCCGGGUAGCUCCAACGCCCGGUGUUUCGCCGACGGGACUAUCGAAUCGUGGUCGACAUCGGUACAACACGUACCAUGGUCCGGGGUCGGAUUCGGCAACGUCCAUUUCUACGGAAUCUCAUACCAGUCGUCAGUCGUUGGUAACCCAACAUUCGCGUUCUCGCAUGCGAACCAGUACAUUUCCAUCGAAGGUUUCAUCGCACGGUAGUCAACAGGACAGGAAUUCCGUGUCCCAUUUCCUACUACAGCAACCGCAGCAAUCGCAACCGAACGUGGGACAUCAUUUACAGCCAGGACAGCUUCAGCAACAGCAGCAACACCUUCAACAGCAACAGCAUCAACUCCAGCAUCAGCAACAGCAUCACCAGCAAUCACAUCCACUGAUGCAGCAACAUCAACAAGUACAAGGACACCAAGGUCAGCAGCAGCAUCAAUCGCUACAGCAUCAGCAAACACAGCAUCAAACGAUGAUUCAAAACCCACCGGUGGUUGAUGUUUAUCCACAUCAGCUCCAAGCUCAACACCCUCAUCAGCAACCAUCUCAGCAGCAGGUCCAUCAACAGCAGCAGCAGGUAGCUUCACUUCAGCAGCAGCAAUCAGCUGUUCAACAGCAGCAGCAACAACAGCAGCAACAGCAGCAGUCCAUUCCACAAUCGUCUACCACAGCAGCGAUACGACCUCCGGCAGCGAUCAUCACCCCACCGGUAACGCAAAUCAUCACGGCGACCGGUUUCAUCGAACCUCAACAGUAUUUGACCGCCAUACCGGUGCAACCGGUGGCUGGCUUUACGGAAACGGCCCCCGGUGUCCUAUCGCCUAUUCAGUCCACCUCCCCGCACGGUGCGUACGCGGUCGCCCAUCAUCCUGCAGUCACUGGGACGGGCGGUGUUGUCCUAACGCCCAGCCAAAAUCAGGUGCAAGAUCAGCUGCAACGGAAACAUGAGGAGCUGCAACAUUUGAUACUGCAGCAGCAGGAAGAGUUGCGUCGCGUACAGGAACAGCUACUUAUGGCCCGGUAUGGAUUGCUACCAUCGAUCGUGUCACUCCCAUUCCCACCCGGAGCGGGCAAUGGACCCGGACCCGCGCAGAGUGUAGGACCGGGCGAGCGUUGCAAUAGCGGAGGUUCGUUUCUACAAGCACAUCACCAGGCGGCACAUGGGAACUCGUUCCAUCAUCACCAUUACCAUCCAGCUUCAGCACAGGCACAGCAUCCUCCUAGUCAUUCGGGAGUGCUUCAUGCACAACAGUCACAGCAUCACGCCCAGCAACAACAGCACCUUGCCCAAGAACAACAACAGCAGCUGUGCGUAGUUCCACCGGAUCAGAAACCGAUUUUACAUUCGGAUCCGGAUCAGCUAAAUUUUACCGACACUGGACAGGGAAAGCUAGGCGAAUCAAAUGAGAUGAUAUCGUACAUGCAGCUAACGCCUGUGCCACUGCAUCACUUACAACAACACCAAUCAAACCAAACGUCCACAUCAACACCCGCCUCAUCCGUCCUAAAUCAGCAGCAAAAGCAGCAACAGCUCAUGCAGAUGGGUACACAACCGGACGGUGCCACGGGUGCUAGUGGGAACGGUAGUAACGCCAACAACAUGGGUUUGCUCCAGUAUCAGAUGGCGCAGGAACAGGCGCAAAUAUUAUUUACCUCCGGCAUGGAACAACAGCAGGGUCAGCAACAGCAACAACCGUCAGUCCAGCAGCAGCAACAUCAAGGGGCAGGCAGUUCCGAUGCCGGAUCCCGAACCUGUCCUUCGCAAACUAGUGAAAUGUAGUUGGAGUGUAAGGUAGAAGAAAGAAUUAGUUUGAACCUCAACAUACAACGAGCUUAACAACAACGAAUCAAGGGAUUUGAGGUAAUGAUGCUCCGACAGAUGAGGUUUAGGUAACGAAUGAUCCUAAACGAUCACCUUUGUAUGAAUAUAUAAACGAUGAGGUUUCAGCUUGUCCAGCCACCAAAGAAAAAUAUUCCAUAGUGCAGAUUAGCGUUUAUAUACGGUAAACUGUAUACCUAUAUUAGCUAUAUAGCCCUUAUUGAGCCAUUGUACUAAUUAGCAUUUGCGUAACUAAGUAGAAAUAAAACCGAUAAGUUCCUCUCUCGGUGUGUGUUGUAGCUAGACAAAAAGAGAAAUAGACAAAGAGAGAGAGAGAGAGAGAGAGAGAGAGAGAGAGAGAGUAAAAGAAGCGAAAGAGUGUAGUGGAUAGUAUACAAAAAGUGGUGAUAAAUGCAGGUUUCUUGUAGGGUGUAAGUAUCAUCACGCAAGGGAGAAUCGGUCGUUUUAGUCGGUUUAGUACAAACCAAAAAGUAUAGCUGUUAGUAUCGUGCCGUAUCCACAUACAUACACACAGGCAAAAGGGUGUGAUGAAACAUUUUUACCGUGUAUUUUGCACAUUAUUCUUUAUGUCUUUUUGGUAACACAUGUGGAAACAAAUAUUACAAAUGGAUAAUUUUACCGUUUUACUUCGAUGCGCUUUUGGGAGGAAUUUUUAAACGUAAUACAGGUAGCAAUGAGUCCUGAGAAAGGGAUGAAGUGCUUAUGGUUUGUAGUCUUUUUUUGCGAUAAAGUGUGAGGGAUGAUGAAAGUUGGAGAAGCGAUAAAAGAGACGAAAUAAAUGACAAUGUAGCGAGGGGAAUGAAAGCGAGAA